AUGCAUUUCUUCACAAUUGCUGCCCUAGCCGUGAGCCAGCUAGCGGCACACACCAACGCAGACGAAUUUUCAACCUCUAUUGACGCCAAAUCCAACUAUGGCACCUGGGACGGGUGGGGUACCUCUCUGGCGUGGUGGGCACGACGGUUUGGCGACCGCGACGACAUCGCCGACAUCUUCUUUACGACCAACGACGUGCCCUGGCAGGACACUACACUACCUGGCCUGGGGCUUAACAUUGUCCGGCACAAUGCUGGCGCAAGCAGCUUCAACACGAUAGAGGGCAAGCAGAUGUCAGUGUCGCGCAAAAUGAUUCUCUCGCGGCAGAUCGAGGGCCACUGGGUCGAUUGGUAUAGCGAGGACCCGACAUCGAACAGCUGGAACUGGGAUGUGGACGCGAACCAGCGCAGCAUGCUUCUCAAGGCAAAGGCGCGAGGCGCUAACCGAUUCGAACUGUUCAGCAACUCGCCCAUGUGGUGGAUGACCAGGAACCAGAAUCCCUCCGGCUACAGGCGUAACAAGGAGAACAUCCAGCCGUGGAACAUUCCUAAGCAUGCCCUAUAUAUGGCGACGAUUGCUAAGUGGGCAAAGGACCACUGGAACAUAACCUUCGACAGCGUUGACCCGUUCAAUGAACCGAGCGGGUCCUCGUGGACGUCAAGCGGCACGCAGGAGGGCUGCCGCUUUUACAUCCCAACCCAGUCAACCAUCAUCCUGGCUCUACGACAGGAACUGGACAGCAGAGGAUUACACGACACAAUUAUUGCAGCAUCGGACGAGUCCAAGAUCGACAGGGCGUUGAACACAUUGAGAUGGCUCAGCAAAGAUGCCCUCGAAACGAUGGGUAGGAUCAACGUUCACGGAUACCAAUACAACAAGGGCAAGCGCCAUGUACUGCGCGACGUCGCUAGACAGCGCGGGCAUGGCUUGUGGAACACCGAGUACGGCGAGAAUGACGCCUCAGGCAAGGGGGUGUUAACCAAUGUGUUCCUCGAUUUCCGCUACUUGCAGGCGCAAGCAUGGGUAUACUGGCAGGUGCUAGAUGGCAAAGGAUGGGGACUAAUUGAGGCGGAUAACGAAAAAGGCACAUUGGGCCCAGCAAACCAGAAAUACUUUAUAGUUGCGCAGUUCUCGCGGCACAUUCGCGAGGGUAUGCGGAUUCUGGAUGGUGGCGCCGAUAACAUCAUUGCAGCCUAUGAUGAAGCGAAGAGCAAGUUGGUAAUUGUAGCGGUGAACUGGUGGGUAUCGCAGUACUUCCAUUUUGACCUUGGCAGCUUUUCGCAACCGUCAACGCACGGUGCAAAUGUUACGAGAUGGAGAACGCAAAUCGGCGAAGGCGAUCGCUAUGUAAAGGCAGAGGAUACAUUUAUGGAUGGGUCGAAGUUCUGGUCGUACUUUGAAUCAGGUAUGGUGCAGACUUUUGAGAUUGAAAAUGUUAAGUUGUAG